AUGAUGAAGAAAAUUCCAGGCUUUUCACAUGUGCAGAGUUUCACCACCAAGGGCCAGGGUAAAAGCAGUGAAAACAAGUCACAGACAGAAGGCCUGAGGAAUGAUAUCAUCAUUCGCGCUGCUCGCGGCGAAAAGACGGAGCGAGCACCUGUUUGGGUGAUGCGCCAGGCAGGCCGCUACCUGCCAGAGUUCCGCAAACUGCGCGAGCAGCAUGAAUUUUUCGAGUGCUGCCGGAAUCCUGAAAUUGCUUCAGAGAUUACCAUCCAGCCUAUUCGACGCUAUGAGGGAUUGAUUGACGCCGCUGUGAUCUUCUCAGAUAUUCUGGUGGUCCCGCAGGCUAUGGGCAUGGAAGUCCAAAUGGUGCCUGGUAAGGGACCCAGCUUCCUAAAGCCCUUGGAGACUCCCAAAGAUAUGGCGCGCCUCAAGAAGGUGAAUGUCGAGAAGGAUCUGGGUUAUGUGACGGAUGCCAUUCGUCUCACAAAAAUCAAGCUCGCCGGUGCAGUGCCCGUGAUUGGCUUCUGUGGCUCUCCAUGGACGUUGAUGGCAUAUAUGAUUGAGGGUGGCGGCUCAAAAACGUGGGAGAAGGCCAAGAAAUGGCUGUUUGACUACCCGAAUGAGAGCAAGGAGCUUCUUUCUCGCAUUGCUUCGGUGUGCGCCGAGUUCCUUGUCGCUCAAGUAUGUGCUGGCGCGCAACUACUUCAAGUAUUCGACUCUUGGGCUGGCGAGCUAACACCGUAUGACUUCCGCAACUUCUCGCUGCCAUACUUGACUGCGAUCGCCGUGGAUGUGCAUGAUCGCUUGUCGGCAAUUUCUAUGUCGACACCCCCCAUGAUUUUGUAUGCCAAGGGGGCUAUUAACCAUUCUAUGACACAAAUUUGCCGCUCUGGCUACGAUGUGAUUGGUAUUGAUCACACUGUUGAGCCGGCCUGGGCUCGCAAGUGCGUGGCCGAGGCCCAGACCAGUGCUCGAAAGUUUGCAAAGACGUGCGGUGACAAAGACACAGCGCAUCCAGUUGCCCUUCAAGGCAACCUGGAUCCGGCUCUCUUGUAUGCAAAGCCGGAAGUCAUCUUCGAUCGCGUUAAUCGCAUGCUGGACAGCCAGUAUGGCGGCUUUGGUGGUGGUGGUGCUUUAAUCUGCAACCUGGGCCAUGGUAUUACCCCAAAUGUCGACCCUGAGCACUUGCGAGCCUUCUUAAUGGCUGUGCGUCGCAUUAGCAAGGAAAUUAUUGCUCGUCAGGAUGAGUAG